GGAGAGUGAAUAUGAGAGUGAAUACCUAUACUGUGCUAUCGCGCUAUUGGUCGGUUUUAAAUUCAAACACAACAGUUGAUCCUGAUCGGUGUGCGAGUUUGCACAGGUCAACAAGUUGAGAUCCGAGACAAAAAACACUCAGCCAAGGAAGAUAUCUGGUGAACUCUCCUGCAUCACGCUUCUGAAUUAUUCUGCGUUUUUGUGAAUGUCACGAAAGUAUCAGCAACCAGAUUUUUCUGUGGUUUGAAGAUUUAGAAUAUAAGGAAUGGCGAAAACUUUUUCACGCAACUGGGCGACUUCCUCGCCGAGACAUCAGGUGAACGAAGAAUCCUUCGUCAUCUCCGACAGCGAUGAGGACGUCGUUGAAAAAUCUGCCAAAGGAUCCAAACGCAGCUCGGUGAUCGACGAGAGCACCUACUACGACUCUAAUGAAACAAAUAGCACGUCGAGGACAAAUGAUUCUUCAAAUAAGACAGAAUACUCUACAAAUAAAUCAGAAGAAGAUACACCAGUUGCUCGUUUGACUAGAGCUGCUAUUAAAAGUCACAUAAAAAAAUAUAGAUUAAAAGAUUCUGAUGAUGAUGAUGAUGAUGAUAGUGUAAAUAAGAGCAAUUAUAGACACAAAAGUACAAAAGAGCUUCAAAAUACCUUCAAUAGUAAUACCAGUGAUUUUGGGGAAAACUAUGAUUCAGAUUCCCUAGUCUCAUACUCACCAGUUUUUAAAAAAGGUCAAAAACGAAAAGAUGUUUCUCACGACACUACCAGAGAAGACAUAAAAGAAUUAAAACCCAGUUCUACUAACAUUUCUCUUAACGAGAUGGAUUUCAAUGCUAAUAGUUUAUUAGAGGAUAAAGUUAGCGAUGAUAAAAUAUCAAAUAUUACAAGUUCUGAACCUGUUACCAUAGUACUUGAUUCAGAUUUUUCCUCCGACGAAAACAGCAAGUCCGAUUCAAAACUAUCUUUUGGAAAACAAGGAACUGGUGGUAAAAACUUGGAUUUAAUUGAAGCGUCAGCGUUGCCCGAAAAAAACAAAGCCGAUGCAAUCGAUGAAUUAAGAAAGCUCAACGAGCAAUUAACGAGAAUAAAACUGCUGCUUGCCGAAGGAAAUAUCGAUAUGUUGCCUGACAAAGGCAAAAAAUUACGUGAAAGUGAAUAUGAGCAAGAAGAAGAAAUCGAGCGAUUGAAGCUCAAAUGGAAUAUUACUUUUCCGACGUCAAGUUUCGGUAGCAAAGAAAGUGAGGAGGAUAAAAAAUCAUCUUACAAAAAAUUUUCAGUAAAACAUGAACCGUUGUUUAGUGAUGAUGAUAAAAUCACAAUUAGUGACGAUGAUAAGUACAUGAACAGUGAUGAUGAUAAGUACACAGUUAGUGAUGAUGAAAACGAUUACAAACCUGAUAAUUAUUUGAAUUUUGACGAUAUACCGAUGAGGCCUACCACAUCUCCCGAAUUAAGAAUACUUGGUAAGAAAGCGCAAGAAACAAUGGAUAAGGAGCUCGCUUUGACGGCCGAGCGAUUGCAAGAUUUACACGGAUCGCUUAAGGCUUGUCCGUCAGAAAACACAAAGGCAGAAGAUCCAAGAGGUUUAAAAGUACAAUUGUUUUCAUAUCAAAGGCAUGCUCUCGCGUGGCUUCUGUGGAGAGAACAGCAAAGACCGCCUGGUGGUGUUUUAGCUGACGACAUGGGCUUGGGAAAGACAAUUACUAUGAUAUCCUUAAUUCUGGCCUCUCUCGCCAAAAAAAAUCUCAGCGAUAAAUACGACAGUGAUGAUGAUAAUGAUGAAGCAUGGAGUAAUAGUAGAUCUUUCCUUCCUAAAGGUGGUACCUUGAUAGUAUGUCCCGCGUCUUUAGUGAACCAGUGGGAGAACGAAGUGCGCAAUAAGUGCAAACGCGGUGUGUUGUCCGUUCAUAUACAUCAUGGCACAAAUCGAAUGAACGCUCCCAGAACCUUGGCGAACAAUGAUAUAGUCAUAACGACAUAUAAUAUAGUAUCCCGAGAACAUAAAUGUAACUCUACAUUAUUUAAGAUCAAGUGGACCAGAGUGAUACUUGAUGAAGCUCAUUACGUAAGGAAUCACAAGAGUCAAAUGGCCGAAGCGGUUUGCGGACUUGUAGCGUGUAAACGUUGGGCUCUAAGUGGCACACCUAUACAGAACAAGGCAAUGGACUUGUACUCCAUCCUAAAGUUUCUCCAAUGCUCGCCGUUUGACGAUUUGCGCGUCUGGAAGCGUUGGGUAGACAACAAGAACGCCGCGGGCCAAACGAGAUUGGCGACAGUUAUGAAAACUUUGAUGUUACGAAGAACUAAGGCGGAACUGAUGGCAAAAGGCGUUAUAGAUUCCUUACCCGAAAAAUUUUUCGAGGAGGUGUUGGUGCAACUCGAUCCCCAAGAGAAAUUGGUAUACGAGAAGAUUUUAGUUUACUCCCGUACUUUGUUCGCGCAGUUCUUGCACCAACGAGCGGAGAAGGCGCACAUGAUAAAUUUGAACAGCGGAGUGUACGAAAGACCCUCCUUUGCUUUAAACUCAAGUAAAAAUACGCCAUUCACAGAAGCUCAGAACAAAUUGCUGGCGAUGCACGCCGAUGUAAAGACACACGAGAUUUUGGUGCUCCUGUUGCGAUUACGUCAAGUAUGUUGUCAUCCGGCAUUGAUCCAUGCGAUGCUCGAUCAAGACGACGUAAAACAGAGUGGUUUAAUGGAUAUGGGCAGUGUGGACUAUGAUUUAUUGUUGCAAGUAAAUAGAAUGUCCAUCAAUGGACUUAAUCGAUCGUUCAGUCAUUCAUUCGAUGAAAAUGAAGAAGAAGAAGAUAUUGGCAUCGACAAGAGAAUAGUCGAAAAUGUACUUACUCAUGAUAAUCCGGUGUUUGAUGACGAUCGUAUUAGUUCCAAGAUGAGGGCUUUACUCGACUUGGUUAGAGAUAUUCUACAAAAAGGCGAUGAUAAACUCAUCAUAGUUUCACAAUGGACUGGCCUGCUGGAUGUUAUAGCGUCGCAUUUGCCUUCGAUAAAAGGAGCUACGUUCGAUAAAUUCACCGGAGCUGUCGCUAUUAAAAACCGACAAGGUAUAAUGGAUGCCUUUAAUGACCGACAUUCCGGUCCAAGAGUCUUGUUGCUUUCGCUUACCGCUGGCGGUGUGGGAUUGAACUUAACAGGUGCUAACCAUUUGCUGUUAUUCGAUAUUCACUGGAAUCCACAGUUAGAGACACAGGCACAAGAUAGAAUUUAUCGGUUCGGACAGACAAAGAACGUCCAUAUUUACAAAUUUAUUUGCAGCAACACAAUAGAAGAGCGGAUAAAGGCGUUGCAGGAGUAUAAACUUGAGAUAGCGAAAAACGUUUUGAGCGGCGACAAGAGCCAAUCUGCCACAAAGCUUACAUUGAACGAUCUCAAGUCAUUGUUCGCGCUUUAAUUUUUUUUUAUCUCGUGUGAUAUAGAUAUAUAUAAUUGAAGAUAUAAU